AUGUCUCCUUCUUUGGCUAUCAAAGGUAACAAUGUUGAUCAUGAGAGCAACCCUGAAAUAGUAGAGAAAUGGUUCCAUGACCACAUUCAGCAUCAUGCAAAACCUAAGCUCACCAAACUCCAUUUCUUUGUCCAUGACAACGUUACCGCCGACAAUCCUACAUCCGUUCUUAUAGCCCCAGCCAACACCGACAAUUUUGCGUCUAUCGCUUUCGGUUCAACCUACGCUAUGGAUGCUCCGAUCACUGUGGAUUCAGAUCCGAGUUCCAAACUCAUUGGUCGAGCACAAGGCACGUUUACCUUUGCAGGUCAAGCUGAACCUGUCUCAUCUAUGGUUAUCAAUUUGGUGUUCACGGAAGGAGAUUUCAAGGGCAGUUCUCUAAGCAUUCUAGGGAAUAAACCCAAUAUCUCAUGA